AUGGCGAGGACUAGUAGCCGGCGACGGGCUGCCAAAUUGAUGGCCAAGCCAUCCGGUUCGACCAUGGUGAAAGGCAGUCCAGACGAUAGGAUCAGCAGCUUGCCCAAUGACAUCCUGGUCAACAUUCUCAACCGGCUCGAUGUUCGCGCCGCUACGAGAACCAGUGUCCUCUCGAGACGGUGGAGUCAGCUUCCUGCCAUGGUCCCACAGCUUACAAUCAGUGCUCGGGACCUCCUGCCGUCAGAAACUAAAACCAGCAUUUCCAAAGUUGAAAUUGUUCGGAGGGCCACUGCAGCUGUGGCCAAAGAUCCGGCCAAUGCAGCACUGUCCAAUGCUGAAUUGGUUCGGAGGACCAGUGCAGCUGUUGCCAAAGCCUUGGCUGAUGCAGCAGCUGUAGCCAAAGCCUUGGCCGAUGCAGCAGCUGUGGCCAAAGCUGUGGCCAAUACAGCUGUAGCCAAAGUGAUAAAGAGCAUACUGGCAUGCAGGGAUCCGGGUGGAUGGCCCAUUCGCCUCAGCAUGACCUUCUACUUGAGAGACGGUGUCCCCAUAUCUGUUGGGCAUACUGUUGGCAAUGCCAUGGCGACACUCAAGGUUGAGAAAGCUGAAUUCACAGUUUUGACAGAGAAGGAGGGACGCAAGUGCAGUAUUGAUGAUGUGGUGAACUAUGGGACACGGUUUGUGUCAUUUUUUAAUGAAUGCCACAAUGCAUUUGCUGGUCUCACACGCCUCUACCUGGAGAAUUUGAGAUUCCGUGAAUCCAACUUUGUCUCUAACAUCCUUGUCACUUGCAAGCAAUUAAAUUAUUUAGGUUUUUUCAAUUGUGACACAGAGGAUUGGAUAACACUCCAAGUUGAACACGCACAGCUCAUUGAGCUCAGUAUUGUUGAUUGCCGUUUUGACAUGGUCAAACUCACCUGGGUUCCGAAACUCACCUGGCUGGUGUUUUUGUUUUGGAUAACUUCCAGAGAUCCUCCACUGGCACUGGGCUAUGUCCCAUUGCUCGAGGUUCUGAGACUUUCAAAUGCUGCUCGUAGUUUGGACAAAAUGCUGAAGUUAAGUACUUUUCUUCACGAGACCUCUAUUCGAGACCUGACGUUGGGGUUUCAAUGCGAAAAGGUAAGCUGUGGGUUGAUUGCUUUGUUCUGGUUUCACUUGUUUUCUACUCACCCUAUCAUGUGCUUAUUGCAGAUUUGGGUUCAACCAGAGUGUUUGACCAGGAGGCAGGCAUAUGUGUUCCAGCAAUUAAGGAUUCUCAAUCUAGUUAAAAUUCCUGAAGGGUAUGAUCUCACCUGGACAAUGUUCUUCUUGGAAGCGGCGCCGUCCCUGGAGGAGCUCUACAUGACGGUAUGGGAGCAUCCAUGUGAAAUGGAAAUGAAUCAGGAGAUUAGGAGGGAGCAGUCGUAUAGUGAGAACAAGGGCGUUGAAUGGGAAUCGCCUACAUCAAAUUUCAAGCACCACUGUCUGGCCAAGUUCAUCCUCGUCGGCUUUCAAGCUAAAGACUACAUGGUGACUCAUGUCAGGCGUGUCCUGAAAGCAGCGGUGAAUCUACAGGAUGUCUACCUGUAUGAUAGACUGGUAUGUGCCAAGUGCCAAGAGAAAGUAAAGAUUGCGCGCAGGUAUGAUGCACUGGUACGUGGCAUGUGCCCAGGCGUGAAUCAGCCUAUAAAGUUCCCAUGUACAAACGAGGACCAGCGUGCAGUGCAGAAGCGAAUGCCCCGGGGCAUUGGGUCACUUGCCAAAAUCCACUUCCUGCCAUCUAAUCAAAUAAGGGCUGAACAUCGUCCAAGGAUAGCUGUAGAUUCUUUGGGUGCCAUUGAAGAUUAG